AUGAGUUCCAGUGUCUUGGAACCUCCAGCACCUUCAGCCGCGCUGACAGAACACCUACCAACGCCCACAAGCGAUACCUCGAGUUUGAAGCUGUGGCUUUCGGAUCUCAACUGCCAACAAUAUGUUCAAAACUUCGUAGACGCUGGCGUAACUUUCGACCUUUUGAGUGAACUAGACACGGCAGCUCUCCGUGAGCUUGGAGUUACUCGUGUUGGCGAUCGUAUACGCCUAGAAAAUGCCAUAGGAGCGCUCAAAUUGGAAAAAUUAAAGAAUAUCAUCUCGGUGGAAAACUUGUAUAAAACCCUAGAAUUGCAGUUGCUGGCUCCAGGGUCGGCUGGAGGACUCAGAGACGACCGAUCUCAAGAGUCUUCGGUAAUGUUCUACUCUGGGUCUACGGGAGGCUCUUCAACGUCGUUUUUACAGCCCAAUUCGUCGCUAGCAACAGGGUCUGCGACUUCAAAAGAUGGUAAAGAUACGAAGACGGUGUCGUUUAUUCUAUCCGACGGGUCUGUGAAAAGAGUCAACGUGUCGGGAUGCUUCAAUGCCCAGAGUAUCAAGAGAAAAGUGCUCAAAAGACUCGGGGUUCGACAGCAAGACGACCCUUACGCAACAUACAUCCACACUUCUUCGUCAGAAAAUACCCUUAGUCUCUUGUACGACGUCGAGUUGGUGACCAUCUGCUACUCCCCUGACCGUCUUGAGAAAAACAGACUCAUACUCUGUCCUCAGGGCGAAGCUCCAACACCCGCUGCUAUCGAGACGUCCAAGAAAAUUAUGCUCAAAUUUGAAAGACACAACCGGAUCAAAAGUCACGACGACUUGAGCCAGUAUCAUAUUCCAGCACAACCCAAGCCCCAGGCGCCUACCAUGCGUAACUUUUUCGGACAAAGACCUCCAAGUGAGUUGAUUUCGCUGAACUUGGCAGAGUUUUUCCCAGAAGCUCAGCAGAAGGAUUUGGAAGCUACAGUUCGGAACUCUGUGCGCUACAGUGUUAACCUUUCGAAGCGCUUUACGUUGGCAUCGGUCGCUGGUAGCGGUAGCUCUGUAAUGGGGUCUCGGAAUAGUCGAAUGAGUGCGCUUCGGACGCCGUCCUUUUCCUCUGGCGACCAAUCUGUCAGACGAAAAGCCAGAACAAUUGGCGAUAUGAUGGUGAACAACGUUAAUGCCAUUGACGACGCCAAGGCAUUGAACGAUAACCAGUCUAUCUUCAGCAAGAGCUCGGCGGGCCAAGACCAGCGGUCGGUAGUGUCUUCAGUUCGAACCAACAAACCUACCAUUUCGGCCAGUUUUGCCGAUUCUAAUGAGAACGAUAAUCGGUAUUCGAGAAUAGAACUCUUGAGUAUAGACUCAGACGACGAGGACGAUGACAUAUAUGGCCAGUAUUCGUCAUUUGCAGACAGCGAAACCGUGGACAAUAUGGAUCUAUUUGAAGAAGAUGGACCUAAAAAUUGGCUUCAAGGUGCAAGGAUCGGAGCCGGUAGUUUUGGUACCGUAUUUUUGGGAAUGAAUACGAUGACGGGAGAGCUUAUGGCUGUUAAGCAAGUGUCUCUUCCUGACAAAACGAAAAAUAGCAGUGUUGAAAAACUGCAGCAGAGUUUAAUCGAAGCUUUGCAACAUGAAAUGAGUUUGUUGAAAGUAUUAAAUCACGAAAACAUCGUGCGAUACUUGGGUUCGUCUACGGAUGAAAACUACUUGAACAUUUUUUUGGAAUACGUUCCAGGUGGAUCUGUUCAAUCUAUGCUAAACUCGUAUGGACCAUUUGAGGAACCUUUGAUUCGCAAUUUUAUACGCCAGAUCUUGAUUGGCUUGAGCUAUUUACAUGGCGAGGACAUUAUACACAGAGACAUCAAGGGUGCUAACAUCUUGAUAGACAUUAAAGGAACCGUCAAAAUUAGUGAUUUUGGAAUUUCAAAGAAAGAAAGUUCCAACGAGCUGGAGUCGCAGACACAACUGCGCAGCAGAAGAAGAGCAUCGCUACAAGGCUCGGUGUUCUGGAUGGCACCGGAGGUGGUCAAGCAGACAGCAUACACCAAGAAAGCCGAUAUUUGGUCGGUAGGUUGCUUAAUUGUAGAAAUGUUCACCGGAAAGCACCCAUUUCCCGACUUGAGCCAAAUGCAGGCAAUCUUCAAAAUUGGCACCCACAUAAAACCACAAAUACCCGAGUGGUGCACGGCAGAAGCCAAAGACUUUCUAACCAAGACGUUUGAAACCGACCACUCGCUUCGGCCCGACGCCGUUGAUCUUCUUGAAGAUGUGUUUCUAAGUCCAUUGAUCUUGUCCAAGAAGUAG